AUGGAGCCCGAGCCCGCCACCCCGCGUGCCUUGGUACCCCCGACGACAUACGACCCACAGCAUGGAUCGUUGUCUGACCGCACCCUCGACGAUGGCUUCUACACCGCGUCGGCGGCGGCGGCGAACCCGCAGCCAGAAGCUGCAACGGAACCGAUGGCGAGCCUCCCAUGUGAGCAAGCAUUACCACGGAUCCCGGAGACUUCCGGGCAAAAACAAGGAUACCCACCAGGCGCAGCCUACGGUGGUCUCCCAGCGCAGUCCUACCGCCCACUAGUGCGACAGUCGUCGCGGGUGGGUAGUGGCUCGUCGAUGGCCAUGUCCAUCGUCGCGCCCAACUACCAUGGAGUGCCAAGGACAACGACCCGACAACCAGGCCAAGUGCCAGCCUACCACGGCCGACAGUCGUUGAUGGGUAUAAUUCACGGUGGACAACGUAUCGCACCGUCACAACAUACGUCGUUCCAUCAUCACGUUUACGCGGCGCCUGUGCAAGCGCAGGGCCAAGGGUGGGCCGACCAUGUUUGCGCGCGCGAGAAUGCCCUACAACAGCACGAGAUGCAAUUGGCGGCGCAUCGCGAACGCAUCGAGGCAGACCGGCGUGUAGCCCACUUUGAGUGGGAGCAGCGCCAGAUGCACCAAGCAGCUGCGCAGUACAAGUACGCGGUCGAACAAGAUGCGACGGCGCACACCGCGCAGUUCAAGGCGAAUUUGGAGCGCGAGGCGUCUGGGUACAAUGCGCACCUCGACCUGGAGCAGCAGCGUGCCUUCAACAAUGCCAACCUCAACUGGCAACAGAUGCAGCAGCAACAGCAACAACAGUGGCAGCAACAGCAAGAGGCGCAGACUACAAUGGACCAGCGUCUUGCAGCCAUGCGGCAAGAGGAGCGUGCCCAAUACAACGCGCAGCUGCGCGCAGCCGGUGUCGACGUCUCGGCGGAGGGCGAUGCCGGGGUCAACAUCCCGACCGAGGAAACGGCCGAGAACACUCAGUUGCCUGGGUCGCCCAUAACCUCGGGAGUGGGUCAGGCCCCUCCAGGUGCUCGCAGUAGCAGCCUGCCUCCGUACUUUGACUCGGCGUGGCAUCGCACCAGCUCGGAGCUCCCGCCAGGGGGUUUCGAAGACGGGUCGACGUUCUACACGAAGGGCAGCCGUCCGAUGUCGGCUCCAGUGCGACAUCCAACCCCGACGAGCCCGUUGCCACAGUCAACGGCGGCACCGCUCAUCAGCGGGUACACGCCCACGAAGCCACCUGUCUAUGGCAAGGACGGCUUCAAGGAGCGCGAUCAACAGAAGUUCGCCAAACGUUUCAUCGUGUACGCCCGCGGCCAAGACACUAUUAGCGUGAGCAGCGGUGUGCGCAUCGGGACGGUAUCGAUGAGCUCCUGCAUGACGGCGGAGGCUCUCGCCCACCACGCGCGGUUCCAAUUCGAUCGUCCCAUCAAGGACAUCCGCGAGACGGAGUGGGAGGCGAUGUUCGAGGCGUCAAUGCUCAUACCAACUUCGAGCAAGGCUGUCGUCGUCCCGCCUCAAACAGCUGUCGAUGGACAACACCCUCCUUCGCACGAGCGACCGCAUGACGGACUGGCAGGCGAGGCGCUCAUGCAUGGCAUCAAGCCCGACGGCGCGAAGGCGCUGGUGCGAAACAGCUACGACUUCGAUGAUAAGGAGAUCAAGUUCAACAUCUCCAAGUUUUGGAGCCAUGUGCGCGGUGUGCUGAGCAACGUGCUCCCGGCCAUGGCGGCCGAGGCCGACGCACUCCCGCCAAGGGCAUUAGCAACAAGGAACGUGCCCCAGCAGUCCCAGCUCCGGCAACAGUGCUGGCCGCCGAGGUCAAACGACUCCAAGACAACGACACACUGA